UUGUGGUAGCGAUGCUCCGGGAGCCUAAUGUUCACAUACCAGAGAAGCAUAAUUCAUCAUGAUGGAAGAAGGUCUUGUGGGCUGGAGGUAGUUUUAGUUUUGCUGCAGUAUAAAACAGUGUUAUUGACAUACACAUUACUCGGAACCCAUGGAGAGCAUCACUAGGAAGAGCGAUAGUGAUAAAGUUGUCAUUAUAUAGCCAUCAACUCAUCAAUACAGUGCUUGAGGUUGCCCUGUCACUUUGCUUAAUUAUCAACUCUUUUAUCUGUCAUAAAUAUUGGCUUAGAUUCUUAAAGUGAGUCUUCUACAGGAAGCAGAGUUAUACACUGUCUGUUGUUUAGUGAUGUGCCCCAUUACGUGCUAAAUUUCCUGUAUAAAUGAGAACGAGCAGCAAAAUGGUGUGUGUGUGUGUGUGUGUGCGUGUGUGUUGUUUUGUUCUUACACGUCUCUUAUUAUGUAAAUGAUUGCCUUCCAGGAUGCCCAAUGACAUCAUCCCAGUAACGUUAGACUCAGCUCACACAGACCUCCAGUGGUGCAACGGUGCAACUGCAGAAACGCUGCAUUAUUGAUAUUACAUAGUCUUUAAUGAAGAUGCAAAGAAAAGGUACACAGUUCAAAAAGCAUGCGUUAUAUUACUGGUCCAUUGCAUUCCGAUCCAUUUAAAAUGCACAUGUUAGAGAGAUGGAUGAAGAGAGAGAAAGAGAGUAUCUUUCUAUAUGCACAUCUUUAGUAAGCAUAUGUGUAGUGUUCAGCUGGCUUGCACCUGUGUCUAUGCCUGUGAUUGUGCUUGUACCCCUCGACUCCCACUCACUCUUGGUGUGUUAAACAAAGCACAAAAAAAUGCAAAGCAGUCUUUUGUUUACUCGGAGAUGACUUAAUCUAGCCAGACCCUUAUUACAAAUUUCUCUGUGGCUCCAGGAUUUGGGCCAGGAGCUCUUUAGAGAAAGAGAGAGGGAAAACUGGCUCCAGUAUAGUUCUGUAUGUUUGCAGUGAGCCAGGAGCUUGUAGAACAAAAAGCCUUCCAGCACUACAGCCCUUCACUGAGAGCCAAGUCCACAGCAGGCACACCAUCAAAAAAAUAAAUAAAAAGAACUGCGGGGACCUGAGCAAAUCUACUGACAUCCGAGCUUAGGCCAUUUAACUCCAAAUGAUACACCAGCUCGAGGCUCGGUUAAAUGCUGUGCUGUAGAGAAAGGACUAUAGUGUACGUGUGUGUGUGUGUGUGUGUGUGUGCGUGCAUAUGUGUGUGUGUACCAGCAUCAAGAAUCACUAACAGUUCAACCUCCUAAUACCAUGAUUGCUGUUUGAAUUAAUGCAUUCUUUUCUUAGAAAGACACCUGGCAUGCACUCAUAUGCCUCAAUAUUAAUAGCUAGAUACGCAUUUCGCUGAAAGAGGAGUUUGGAGAGGUUUAUUAGUGCAUAUUCGAUGCCGUGCGCAGGUGCGACCAGAGCGCGUUCAAAGAACAAAGAGACGCGCGUUCACGUCAACAAGCACGCAACCCCAGUGAGUGCAAGAGACAGUUGGACAGAAUGUGUGGUCUUCGUUGGCAUUUUGGUGCAGAGAAGACGUGGUAGCAAUAGUCAGAAAUAAGGCUUGUGCACGUAGCAGGGAAGGAGGGGUCGGGGAAUCGCAAUUGCAUUACAAUUUUUUUCUAAAAAAAAUAAAUAUAUGCAGGUGUGUAAGGUUUUGCACGCAACUGUGUAUAAUUUGGGUUACAGCUCGUUUUCGUGUCGCUGUUUUGAUUAGGGAGGAUAUGCAAACUGCAACUAGAGGUCUUUACGACUGUUUUACAAGUUGCGGGUUUUUUCCACCUUUCGAGGGCUUCAGAUUGUGCAGAAGAAAAACACUGUUGAUCUGCUCCCAAACUCGAAGCGCAAAGAGCCCCGCCCCUCUCUCCGCUCCUUCUCCAUGCUUAUAACCAGCAGCAUCGCGCGCACCCAGAAAUACCCAAGACAAGCACUGGACCUGACUACAUCUGUACGCUCCUUGCCGUUUCAAUCGGGACGGAGUAUUGAAUAUUAUCCCCGAUUUUAUUUUCAUUUCGAUCGUGCACAGAGACGCGCCGUCGCGUCGCUCGAGAGUCAGGGGGAAGAUGGAUUUUUUAAACCACAGCUACUUGAGCGCGCGCACGUCUUACGACUACACGUUCAACUUCUGGAACGACUAUCUUGGCCUGUCCACGCUGGUGACGCAGAGCAGCAAGCGCGCUCCCGGCGGCGGAGCGAGCCCCAACUCCAUCACGGAGUCCCUGAAAGCCACGCUGGGCCUGGACGACUCGGCGCCGUGCUCGUGCGCCGCGCACUUGGACUACUGCUGCUGCUCCUCGUCGUGCUGCUCCUCGUCCUCAUCGUGCGGCUGCUGCUGCCCUCCUGCAAGCCCGCCACCGCCUUCCCUGCUUGAGCUGAAGGAGCGCUUCUCGGCGCUCGGGCCGUUCCGCGGCCACGGCGCGGGGAUCGUAGGGCACGAGCGCGACGCGGGCUUCGGAGGAGGUGGUGGAGGUGGCGGUGGAGGAGGAGGAAGUUUCGUGGCGUUCGACCUGUUCGGCGCGGACAGGAAGGUGCGCAAGACAGCGGCGGCGCGCGCCAAACAGGAGCCCAAGAUCUGCGUGUUCUGUCGGAAUAACGGCGCGCCGGAAGAGGUGUACGGCUCGCACGUGCUGAAGGCGCCCGACGGCCGCGUGGUGUGUCCGAUCCUGCGCGCGUACACUUGCCCGCUGUGCAGCGCCAACGGCGACAACGCACACACCAUCAAGUACUGUCCGCUCUCCAAGGAGCAGCCCGCGCCCAGAGCGCUCAAGGGAGGCCGGGCUGUGGGCGGUAAGCGCGUCAAAAUCUUCUGAGAGCGAGAGAGAGAGAGAGAGAGAGAGAGAGAGAGAGAGAAUAAUAAUGAAUAAGCACCGAUCUACACGCGCUCAGUAAAUAAAUCACCUACAUUUAUUGCACUGAACCUUUAUUUUUUCUUUUCCCAGUUGACUGUUCCAAUUGCGGAUUUUCGAGUCUUAACUUGCUAGACUGUAGGAUUUAUUAAGCAAAUAAGAUAUCAAUGUUUUUUUUCUGUUUUCAAAAAAAAUCCUUAUAUUUUUAUAGAUGCUUUAUUUCCAUAGUUUAUUGUAUACUUUAUUCAUAAAAAAUCUUUUUUUUUUCACGUGUUUGUCUUAGAUGUUUAUCAGUUUAUAUCCAGUCACGUUUAUAAAAAAUAAAAAAAAUGGUUUUUUUUUUGUUUAAAUGGGCAAACGUCAUGAAUGUUAGCAAAAAAAAAAAAUAUAUCAGAGCAAAUAAGUAUUUUCUUUACUGUAAGCUAAGCUUACAUAUACAUGUGUUGUGUCUUUUAAACCAAAGUUCAGUUUGCCAUCCUGAGAAUGUUUCAUUUCCAAUCCGCUGAAGUUUCCUUUUGAGUUGGGUUUGGUUUAUUUAGCCCAUUCCUUUCUUCCUACAGUCCACCACAUGCUUUCAUUCCCUCCCUGUCUGACAUUUGAUAUGGGUGAGGAAGAGAAAAAAAAGCACCAAGCUCAGAAACACAAUGGGGUCUCUGUUGGAUGUUACAUGGUCUUAGCAUAACCUCAUAAUGAGUAGAUGCCCAGCCAAACUGGCCUGUUAUGAGCCCUACUGGCAUAGUUGGGUGUGGGCUAGUCUUUCAGCCAGACCCCAUUCGAGAUGUCUUUAUUAGGCCAAUACAAGGUGCCCUGCUAAUGUUUACACCCCAAGAAUGGGGAACACACACACACGUAUACACACACACACACUGGAGAAUGCGUCUUGAGGGGACCUGUCUGGCGCCGGAGCUGCCCUCGUGCACCAAGCUUUCACACUUGACCUUUUUACCCUGAAAACCAUCACAGGCGAGCUGCAGAAAAUACAGUGGGUGAGUUACAAGAAAAAUGCAGUCUGACAACUCUCCAAGGGUCAGUGGUGAACAGAAUGAAUGUUCUUAAUAAAAAAAAAAAGCCUUUUCUUCCCUGUUUUGUUUUUGUAAAACAAUGCAUUUGCCCCCUUUUUUGCAUUAUGUACAAAAAAAUGAAUCCAAAAGUAUGAUGCAAAAAUGUUGUGAAUGUACAAUUUUAAACAUGCAGGACUGCACAUGGUCUGACCAUUUGUUUACCAAAGGAAUUCAAUUGUAAUGAAGUAAAGAAACAUAGGUUUGCUGUAAUGUAAAUAAAUUUAAAAAAGUCAAGUCAUGUCUAUUCAGUAUUUUAACAUUUAAAAGUGACUUUUAGAGGGUGCUACCUCAACAAUAUUUUGUACUUACAUGUAAAAUGUCAAUAGCGGUUUAUUAAUAUAGCGCUGCCAUUUAUAAUAAGGGUUUUUAAUAGUAUUUUUGAUCUUUGUAUAACAUAAUUGUAUUUUUUCUUUCAUUGCAUUCCAAUAAGCUCUUAGCAUUGUUUGCCAAUAGGUGAUGGCUGAAUAUAACGGCAAGAAAUCUUACUAUUUUUCAGUUGUUCAAUGUUGCAUUCUUGAUGAGUGAAAGAUAAAAUGGAAUUUGUCGAAAACUUUAGACAAUUUGCCACUUUUAACUGAGGUUUGUAAUUAAAUUAAAAGAGGACUAAAAAAGAAA